UAUUAUACAGGUAACACUGAUUGUUUAUCAGCAUAAACAUACGACGGCAGUCAUCAGCGCCUUUGGUCAGCGCACAAAAUAUAAACGUCAAUCUGAGUCAAUCUCUAUUUAUUGGUCCACUUUAAAACUUCUAUUGUAACAAUUUGAAAUCUAUAUAAACUAAACAAUUUAACAUCUAUUAUAAGAGGAAACUGACAAACCUCAACCGGUAUUUCAUUGUAUUCAUUAUCUCAAAGAUUUGACUGUUAAUAUGGAUUCGGACACAGAAUCAGAUGAGGGUUCAACGCAAAUGCGCGGGAUACCGGGCACUAUCAUACUUAUUAACAUUUUCGAUCCCAAGUCGCAGAAAUCGGCGAUACAGGCGCAUGUCGCAACAUGUCUGCUAAUACGUCAUUACCUAAGGACACAAAGUUCACACUACAUAGGAAUAUAUUUAUACGGGACUGAUGAUGAUAGUACAUCAAUAUUUGCAACAAAAAGCAUAAAGGAAAUUUUUCCUUUAUGUUCGCCGACAUUGGAUGAUUAUAAGAAACUUGAAGAAACAGAUGUGAACAGCAUUAAGCAGUCUAAAGACUUGGUGCUUUCCGAGGUUUUAGCCCAAUGCAGCAAAGCAUUUUUAGCUUGUAAGAAAACACUCUCAAGUCGCACAAUUGUAAUGUUGACUUCACUUGAUCAACUUCCAGCCGAAGAUGAUCAAGAACCAACAUUGGAAAAUGUUCAUGAGAUAUUCCGUUCAGAUAUCCAAAUCAAAAUUAUUAACAUAAGCAAAUCCAAUUAUGAAAUUGAUCAGUUCUAUAAAGACUUUGUAAGCGAAGCCAAUAAAGAUCAAGAUGUUGCCUUACCCGAACCCAUUUGGGAUUCUGAAAAGAUAAAAGAUAAAUUGAUAAUGCAGUCCGAUAGGCAUUUAACAAUAUCACAGCUACCUUUUGAAAUAGGUAAGGAUAUAACAAUGGGUGUAAAAAUCUAUAAAUUUUUGAAAAGUCAGACAAAUCCUAAAACUACAUAUGUACAUAAAGAAACUAGUGCAAGUAUUACCAGUUCAAUAAAAACUAUGAAAGAAAUCAUAAUGGAUGUUGAUCAGGAUCAAGAACAAGAAAUAAAGCAAGUACCUGCGGUCAAAACAGAGAUUCUGCAUGGCCAAGAUUUCGGUACAGAAAAAGUUGAAUUCACUGAUACUGAAAUGAAGAUGAUGAAGAAUCCCUUUGGAGGAAACAGCUUAAAACUACUAGGGUUUAAACCUGCUAACAUACUACAGAAAGAAAAAUGGUAUAUAGAUAAUUGUUAUUUCCUAUUUCCCAGUGAAGAAAAGAUAGAAGGUUCAACAAUUGCAUUUAAAGCACUAUAUCAAGCAUGUGUUGAAGAGAAUGUAGUGGCUAUCUGUGCACUGCGUGCAAGGGUAAAUGCCAGACCAAGGCUAGUUGCACUUUCUCCAAGCACUCAACCAUUUGGCAUAAAUGUAGAUGUGGGAUUUGAUGUCAUAAUAAUUCCAUUUGUGGAAAAUUUGCGGGAACUUCCUGUUGUAGACGAAAUGACUGAAGAUAUUAAAAUAACAAGUAAUCAAAGAGAAUUUAUGUAUGAUAUUGUAAAUUCUCUCAAGUUUGAAUACAAGCCAGAAAUGUUUGAAAAUCCAGUUCUAGAAUCAAAGUAUAGAAUUAUUGAAGCCAAAGCGCUACAGGACUCUCAAGUUGCUGAAAUACAUGAUACAACAAAACCAAAUGAGAAAAUUUUUGAGCACAUUGAUGAUGAUAAGUUUUAUAAUUUAUUUGGACCUUUUGGAGCAGUAGCCACUAAAAGAGUAAAUGAGUCUAAAGCUUCCAGUUCUGGCCAGAAAAAAUCCAAAACAGAUGAAAUUGAUCAAGAUAAGUUAAGGGAAAAUAUUAAAAACAAGAAAGUCGAAAAGACAUAUAAUGUGGACCAAUUGAAACAAAUAUUAAAAAGUUUAAAUAUUUCUGUCCAAAAGAAAAAGAAAGAUGAGCUUGUUAAACUUGUUUAUGAACAUUAUAUUUUGUAAAAUGCACACUAUAUUAUAAUAUUAGUAAUAUUUUUGUACUAAUUAAACAAAUUUUUUAUA